AUGUCGCCUCCGCUCUUUGCCCAACCUCCCCAUCCCGUCUCUCCCGCCGGGAGCCUGUCGCAGUUCAAGAUCGACGUCCCGGACGACGAGGUCCAGAAACUGAAGACGCUUCUGAAACUCCUUCCCAUCCCGCGCCCAAACUGGGAGAACGGACAUUCUGAUGCGUCUUUCGGCACUCCAAGAGAUUGGUUGGUCGACUCGGUCGACUAUUGGCAGAACAAAUACGAUUGGCGGCAGCAGGAAGAAACCUUGAACAGCAUCCCGCAAUUCAAGGUUGACGUCCAAGACGACGACGGGCAAAAGUACUCGGUCCAUUUCGCUGCCCUCUUCUCAGCGAACAGAGAUGCGAUUCCAGUCCUCCUCAGCCACGGCUGGCCCGGUUCUUUCGUCGAGUUCAUGCCCAUCCUCCUGAAGCUGAAGGAGAAAUACGCUUCUUCGCCCGAGAAGCUGCCCUAUCAUGUAAUCGUGCCUUCGAUCAUCGGCUUUGGCUUCUCUUCGCCGCCGCCGCUCGACAAGGACUUCGGGAUCAAAGACAACUGCCGCCUGUUCCACAAGGCCAUGCUCGCCCUCGGCUUCGGCGAACGCGGCUACAUCACGCAGGGCGGCGACCUGGGCGGUCCGAUUGCGGAGACUCUGGCUGCUGUGUACGAGCCAGUAAAGGCCGCCCAUCUCAACAUCUACUUUGCGCCCUCCGCGCCGGCGUCGGGCGAAGAACCCGCCGACCCGCUGGAGAAAGAGGCCGUCGAGAACGCGAAGAAAUUCACCCAAUCCGGAAUGGCCUACGCCAUGCUCCACGCGUCGAGGCCGAGCACGGCUGGGCUCGCAAUCGGAAACAGCCCCGUCUCCUUGCUGACUUGGAUCGGGGAGAAGAUGCGGGAGUGGCCGGAUCCGGCUCAUGUCCCGUCGCUGGACACCAUCCUGACGAACGUGUCCGUCUACUGGUUCACCGGCACCUACCCGACGUCCAUCUGGACCUAUCGGCUGCUGCUCUCCGGUCAGGUCGAGGACGCGUAUGAAGCCAUCACCAACGGCAAGCCCAAAGGAGUGUCGUGGUUUCCACACGAGAUUGCAGCAGUGCCCAAGGACUUCGUCAGAAAGGACAAGAGCAUCACGCAUUUCUACGAACAUGACGAGGGAGGGCACUUUGCUGCCCUCGAGGUGCCGGAGGCCCUUUGGGCGGAUUUCGAGGACUUUGUUUCAAAGGUGUGGAAGCAGUGA